AUGAGAGCCUACGUUUAUGACGACAAGAGCAACGCUGACCAAAGAGCUCCUCAUGACACUGGCAUAAAAAAGACACAAGACGACCUUGCAAAGAUUGGUAUCUUGUAUUGGAGAAUUGACGGACCUGAUUCACUUGAUAGAUUAGACGAAAUUGCAAAGAGAAGACACUAUAAGCACAGAGAUACUAUCGAGGUUUCUCCUUCUGCUUUUGGUUCUCUUUAUGAAGAAAAGCUCAAGCAAUUCUUUAGCGAACAUCUUCAUGAAGACGAAGAAAUCCGAUACAUCUUGGAUGGCUCAGGUUAUUUUGAUGUUCGUGACGAAGAGGAUGUUUGGAUCAGAAUUGCCAUGGAAAAGGGCGACAUGAUUAUUUUGCCACCUGGUAUCUAUCACCGUUUUACUACCGAUGAAAAUGAUUUUAUUCAAGCAUUGAGAUUAUUUAAAGAUGAUCCUGUUUGGACACCCAUUAACCGUCCACUUGCUGACGAUAACAAAUACCGCGUAGAAUAUCUCAAGACAUACAACAUUACUGCCUAA